UCGGCAAAUCUCGACUCAGUUCGAAAGUAGACUCGCGCUUGCUCGGACGCGCGCGCGCACUCGGUGCUUCUGUAUUCAAAUUUGAAAUUCGUCCGUUACCGAAAUAUUGUUUUUAAAGAAUUUUGAAUAGUGGCCAGUGCUGUGAUUUUAUAAGCUGAACUGAUUGGAUCUUGAAGGAUUGUGCGUACUAUUCUUAAAUUGGAUACCUAUACCGCUUAGGUGCGGCUGGAUUGUUAUUUUUGUGUAACACGAAUAAUGUCCCUGUGAGCGAUGGACACGCUAACAUGGUUAUCGUUGGGUCUGCAGUUGGCGGCGCUGUGCUCGAUCGUGGGCGCCCUGCUGUUGUACCUGCUGCGGAAGGUCCGCGUGGGCGAGGUGCUGCCCGCGGACAGCGCCAAGACUGUGCUCGUCACGAGCGUGGACACCGCGCUGGGCUUGCAGAUCGCAACUUACCUCAGCGGCCGCGGCUGGCGCGUGAUCGCAGGCUGCCGGCAAGGCGGCCUCGGGGCCAGGCUGGCAGGAUCCUGGUUGCAGGCCCACGUGGCCUCAACUUCCGAGGACCAGCCGCCACCGCGCUUAGCCACUGUAGAGCUAGAUGUCGCCAGGGAAGACUUGUUGGAGGAAGCCGCGAGAGCUACAGCGCAGCAUUUACCAGCCGGAGAACAUGGAAUAUGGGCAGUGAUCAACACGGCGGGCAGCAGCGGACGCGGCGGUUCCUCGUGCUGGGAGAGCGCACUGCGAACGAACGUGCUCGGCGCGCUGCGCGUUGCGCGAACUUUCGCGCCCCUGCUCGCUGCUGCAGCGGUCGACCACCCGCACGCUGGCCGCUUGUUCUACAUUGGCCUGACAUCGGACACGGACUGCGAGAGCCUGUCGCGCGGCGACGACGGCGGCGCGGGCGCGGCCGCCGCCCGCUGGGGCGUGUGGGGCGCCGCGCGCGCCCUCAGAGCUUCGCUGAAGGCCCAGGCGCUCCAUGUGGUGCUCCUGCACGCACCGGACUUGUCCGCUGCGGAGAUAUAUUCGCCGCCGGCGCAGCUGACUGUUCCGAGCCAGCCGGCUAGCCGGCCAGACACUCCGAAUUCGGACGUGAGCUCGUCCACCACCUGCGCGGUCACCAUGCCGGGCGAGGCCACCGAGUACAGCGCCAAGGUGCUCCCCACCAGCGCCCUCAAGCUGCUCGAGGAGGCCCUCACCACGCCCGCGCCCAGAGACGCCUACUACCUGAAGAUGAAGCACGACUCCUGGUUCACUAGGAUGCCGUCUUUGAGAGUCACGCAUUAGCUUUUCUCUUAGUCUUGGUCUAUCAAUACCAAUUGGGUUUUAAGUCAUAGGUAUCAUAGACAGAU